AUGCUGGUAGAGCUCAAAAACGGCGAAACACUGAACGGCCACCUCGUGACCUGCGAUAACUUCAUGAACCUGAUUCUGCGCGAAGUAGUGCAGACAAGUCCCGAAGGCGACCGCUUCUUCAGACUACCGGAAGUCUACAUCCGGGGCAACAACAUUAAAUACCUACGAGUGCCCGAAGAGAUUGUCGAUAUUGUCAAGGAACAGCAACAGAACCAACCACAAGGCCGUCGUGGCGGGCGAGACGGUGAUCGUGGCCGCGGCCGUGGUGGUGGUCGCGGUGGACGCGGUGGUCGGGGCGGACGUGGACGGGGCGGUAAUCAAGCAUAA